AUGCCGAUCCCCGAAAGCGACGAGGAGAUCAUGGCUAGCUGGUCCCCUCAAGAAUGGGGAUUUCAUGCCUGGGAGGAAAGGAAUAGCGAAAAGAUUCUCGAGACCCAAAGCCGGGACGCUGGAUGGGAUGCCCAUAGCAAGCUCAUCAAACACGCAUGGCCAGACCCUGACGACCGCAGAAAAUACCUGGAACGGACAAACAAGUAUAUUAUGAACACUGAAGACUAUAUUGAGAUGAUCUCUCAAGCCGACUUUCUAGAUAUGGACAAAGUCGAUAGGCUUUCUCUCAAUAUCUCUAUCUAUCCGAAGCCUUUUGUUGCCAUUGGCGAGACAAACUUUGGACAUGUAUUCGGCAGUUAUACUUUCACGCCCAUGACCGACUCCCUUGAGCCAAAGUACCCUGACUCUGAUUCCGAUGUCUUGGGAAACAUGAUACUCGCCUUGAACAUUCCUCUUCCGCAGUCCCCUCCUUUGUCUCCUGGAUCUUUUGUUCACUUAUCCGACACCGACAGUGAUUCAAACUCGUCUGUGAGCACGGAACUUUCACACUCGUUUCCGAGCUCCACUGCCAAUAACACGCCUGACUCUGCUGCGUCCAUUGUCGAUCUCCAAACACUGUCAGGCGUACGCUUGGACUUCAGCAAUAGCCCCUCGUCUUUCAACGCUAUCCAUAGAAAAGGAGGCCACCUCAUGGCCACAAUCCCCUCUGCAACGGGAGAUAUGCACGCAAAUACAUUCGACUCUUGUCCUCAGGAUUUCGUCUUCGCUCAGUUAGGAUUGCUCUGGACCUUUACUGGGGACUGGAAGAAAGCUCUUCACAGAAAUCCCAAUGACGACAAACGGGGACGAUGGAACCCGACCGGCUUUGCAGUGGUGGUGCGACUCAACCCCAAAGGCGAGCUUGGUAAAGUCUAUGCGCUCCGCCAUCCCGACGUGGUACCUCAACUAGAGAGGAUUGAGGAUGACCUUAUCGAAAGCCGAAAGCCGAAGGCGAACAAAAAGACAGCCCACAAGCGAGGAUUAUAUAUCCUCAAGCACUACAAGCCUGGGCAUCCCCACCCGAAGAGUGAUUCUUCUUUCUCUAUUGCCAAGAUUGCCAAUAGCAUCCUGGAGCUAGGAUCCUAUAAGCGCCAGUUUGAUUUUGAGGUUCUCCUGUCUAACGAGCCCCAGAUCGUCAAUGCAAAGAUGUGGGUUCAUGGACUGGAUGGACCUGCGCUUAUGCCUGUAUGUGAGCCGGAUGAGAUUGAUAUCUGA